AGAAAGCAGUAAAAAACUAUCAAAAUGGCAGCCUCCAUCGGGCGAUUUGUGUUGAAGUAUUCCCCGGCAAUUUAUGAUGCAGUAUUCCUUAUAAAGCAUCAAACCUGCCCAUCUUACAAUCUGACACAGGUUAUGUACAUGAGAAGUCAACAUUACGAUCCAAAAUUUAGAACUAGACGAAGGGAAAAGAUGUUGUAUAUUGAUAGAGACCAGUUUUCAGAGAAAUUAGAGGAUCUACCUGUCCUUGAAAAAAGGAAAAAGAAGAGAGCAAGAGAUAAAGAUUCUCAGCCAGAUCGUUUGGCCCAGCGGAGAAAACCAAGUUUCCUUGAAUCACCUCAGACUAUUGAUCCAUAUGUACCACCAGAAGGCGAUGGAAAACAUUCUAUACUAGGAGUAGAGGGUGUAAAAGAUCUUGGGAAGAAAAUGUUAAAGAAAGCCCAAGCAAGAGCUCAAGCUAUAAGGACAAUAAGGAAAUACGGGGAAGAAAAUUUCAAUGCAAAGGAUGUUGCACCUGAACUUCUGGAGAUCUACAUAGAGGCACAUGAUUUAUUGAUGGAUGUUAAAAAGAAUGAGAAUCGUCUACAUGACUUGUGCACAUUAAAUGCAUUUAAUUUAAUGACACACAAUAUGGACAGAAUGACCUUCCGUUGGGAGUUUGUGGAGAGUUUACAUCCUCCUAAAGUUGUACACGUUGUUUGUAAGGAAGUUACAGUGAAAGAUGUCUACUUCGCUCAGGUCACUGUGAGAAUACAUUCUAAACAGAAACUAGCAAUGUAUGACCAGUUUGGACGGCUAAUGUAUGGCAGCCCACUUUUGGAAAAAGAUGUUCUAGACUUUGUUGUGUUUGAGAAAAACAUUGUUGACCUGUAUGGUAAAUGGAGAAUUCACGAUAAAAUCGUGCCAGAAUGGCUGCCAUUAGUUUACAAGAACCAGAGUCUACGUCUGUCGAGUGACGAGGUAGAGGAGGUUAAGGAGGCAGGGGCGGUAGAGGAAGCUAAAUCAUGAACUCUUAAAUCUGUGAAUGUAUGAGGAUAUAAGAGAAUUAUUGAAUUGUGCAAAUGUGCCUAGGGUUACACAGAAAAGAAGUUGUGAUGAAUUGGUAAAGUCAUUGUGUCAGAAAAUUCAUAUAAAAAUAAUUUGUAUGAUCUUGGAAAAAUUAUUCUUAGAAGACAGUUAUUGAAGUAUUAUUAAUGAUAAAAAAUAAACUCUAUUUAAGAAAUCUCAUUUUAGACAUUCAUGAAUUCAGAACAACGUUCAGAGCAAUGGAAUAUUUUCCUGGUUCAAUGCAACUGCAGUUGUGUUAAUACCAUUACCAUAGAUUGUUACUUUUUUAUUGAAACAAGCCUAGUAAAAGAGAGAGAGCUCUCAGAUAAACUGUAAUGGAUUGAGCUGGAUUUGAUAUGAAAAUAAAGUAAAAACUCUGUA